GGGGCGGGGCGCACUCGAGUUGGAGUGUAGUGGUGGCUGGAUUCCAACGUCUUCUGUCUCUGUCUUUGACCUCGACCGCGGUCAGUUGCGUUGCGCUCACUCCUCUCUCCCCCCGGACUGCUUUCUCCGUGGAGGACUCGCGAGGAGUGCACUCAUCUCAUCUGGCGCCGGGGAUCGACGGCGGUGGAGCGGAAUGAUGGCGGGUUUCUUGGUGGAGACCCCCAUUUUUUUUUUCUUGUCCUUGUCGCGUUGGCCACCUUUCCACCACCGUGAUGUGAUCAUUGGCCUCCGGGCCAGGGCAAGUGCGCGCGCGUCCCCGUCGCGGCGCCCGCGGUCUUGCCAUCCCGGCGACUUCUCUCCUCCCCUUGCGGCGGUGGGAGCUUCGGAAGCGUCGCUUUUUCCCCCUUCUUGGUGGUGGGAGAGAGGGAGAUAUCAGAUACCUGGACCAGUGGCGGGCUUCCAAGUCCAGCAUCCAACUGACAUUAUCUUCUUCCUCCUAAACCCUCAUCUUUAUAAGGUCAAACAAAAAAUCCCCCUUUGUCCAAAUGGAUUUUAGGGCGCGUCGCCAUCCCCAUCCUCUCUCUGAUUACCCGGCCAAUCGCCAUGCUCAGGUCAGGCUGAUCUCCUAUUCUUAAUUUGAGAUCAGUCAAGGUGUCUGUCCCCCUGGGGUUCAGCGGCACGACGUGCAUUUCUUGUUUCCAUUGGAUGGAAACUGCUUCUCACUGGCUGAGGGGGACAGUUGUGCCGGCGUGAUUGGAUCAUCGGAACUCGCUGGAUCGGUGCGGGCUCUCCGCUCGACAAGGACCGCCAUGCGCCCACCAGGUGUUCGACCGAAUGCCUACGAGACUUCUGGCGGUGGCUAUGCACACUAUGGGUGCGCUAGCCUACACUUCUGUGUUCCCCUGCCCAUUUUGUCUGCCAACUAGCCCAUUCUUCGGGUGGGGGUGUAGCCUUUAUGUCACCAGUAGAAUGUUUUCAAGAACUUAAUUCAGAUCCUCAAGAGGGAAAAAAUAUACUAAAUCCUAAUAAGGGCUUGGUUAACGGAUGCCUCACCAACUUAACUUUUAGAUUAACAGGGAUUUAUUUACCUGAGCUUAAGUGCUCUAAGGCUUUAUAAGCUGGAUCCCUUUACACUUGCAUCUUCAUCGUAACGCGUAAAGGUAACCGGCUCCACUUGGUCUUCCUUAAUUAUCUGAUCCUGGAAAGCCCUAAAGGUAGCCCAAUUUGUUGGUGACAGCAGAAACGAUCAUCGUCUAGAUUUUCCUACGAUGCUGCUUGCGAGGUAGUGCGUGCUUGUUAACUUGUUAUCUGGGAAUUCAACAACCUAUUCAGCUUCCUAGUUGUCUAGUGUUAGUUCUAAGGGCACUGUAUUUUUCUAUGCUACUGAUUGCAACCUACAUGCUACAGUCGCCUCAUGCAUGCUUUGAUCAUUGUCUUCCUUUUCUGCGUCUUGAUUUCUUGUGUUUGCGCGUGAUCGUUCUCAUUGCAUGAUGGCAAAAGCUAACCGUGCAGUUGCAGUGUUUCAUUGUGUGAAUGAGUUUACCUUGUGAAGGGCACCCAUAUAAUGAAAAACCCUCCAAAUUCGGUUAAAUUUUAGCUCAUGUUACAUUGUCAAGACAAUAGUCAAGUGAUCGAUUGCAAAGUAGUUGAAGUCUGUGCUUAACAUCUUCUGACAAGCUAAGCUCAGCUAUCUUCCGAACUCCAUUUCAAGAAUAAUCACUUUGGUGAAAUCUAAAUGAACUCUAGAAACUCUUGCAAAUAAAAAAAUUGUAUCUAAUUCUCAUGUUGCUCUGCACCUCUGUAAAAUUCUAUAGUAUUUUGCCAUCCCUAUAUGAUAUACAUAACUUGGUUUUAGUGCUGCAUGUAGUAAUAAAACAUAUUUUCUCUAAUUUGUUCAAAAGUUCCAUAACCAUUUAGUGUCUAGUUACUCUUAAGUACUUUUUGAAAGAAAAGCAGCUCAACUUCUUUCCCUUUUUACUCAAAAUGGUUUGCUUUCAACAUAUAGAAGAACUCGUAAUAUUCUCAGUCAAUUUUCCUCUCUGAUUGUGUGCAUAGAUUUUAAUAUAUCUGGCAUAAGGCUUUCAGAGUUAAAAUCUAGCAUUUAUAGGAAACCAAAUGUUGCCAAGGAUAUCCUCAACUUUACCACACAAAAAAAAUCCUCCAUGCAUAUCCAUUCUUUGUACUAUACAAAAUGCAUCUUGCAACAUCGUCCUUUAGGCCAGUUGAUAAGCCUGACUUUGGAAACUAGACGGCUUUGGUAGCUAUCUAUCUGUGCUGGCACAUCGACAGAUCCAAAGCAGUUCAAUUGAACAGCUUAGGAUGUAUGGACUUCUCAGCAUUUCCUAGGAAAACCUGGUUGUUCGGGCGCUUCCAGAUAUUCCAGGUGAUCGCUGUAGCUGCUGUGUGGCACCUGACAGAAGUUGGGGAAAUCUGUUUGAGAAAGUUCCCUUACUUUGCUUGCCUGAUGAAGGUUCAGGAGUUCAUGAAGAAACCAGAGGAAGAUUACUAUUUAGCCGGCCAUAACUGCAACAAAUGUGCAAAGCUUAAACUGGUAGUACGCUGUGCAGCCAAUUAUUGAGGCAGCCCGGUGCACGUAGCUCCCGCUUGCGCAGGGCAUGAGUCCGACAACUUUGGAUGGAAGAUUGACGGUCGGUGAAGCAUGCUGGAUUUUUUUUCCCGAAGUGGAGAAAUACGAUGAAUUCUCACGUCAAGGGGUGUGUUUGGACCAAUAACAGCUUAUACAAGGAUAUCUCCAUCUUCCCCGUAAUCAGCCUGUCCAUCAACAGUUAAAAAGCUGCAUAUCAUCGAACAAGGCCGGAGGAAGCAAGACAAGCUAUUCUCUACAGCUACAGCUAUGGUUUCUCUGGUUUUGCGGCAGUGCUCAAUUCAACGCAAGCCACCACAUUGUCGGAAACAGAAGCGGUCAUAUCAGUAUUCAGGAGCAGGAUGCUGCAGCUCCAUACAACAAGGAGCUGGGAUUUCAUGGGCCUCAGCCUGCAUUCGCAUAUGGAGCAACCAUCCUCCCAAAUGCAUUUGAAGUACGGAGACGACGUAAUUGUCGGUAUCCUCGACACCGGUGUGUGGCCUGAAUCCGAGAGCUUCAGAGAUGACCCCCACCUAGGCCCCGUGCCGUCGUCAUGGCGCGGCACGUGCGUCGGAGGCCAGCAGUUCGACCCGGUCACCGCGUGCAACCGCAAGCUCAUUGGUGCGCGCUACUACCUCGCCGGCUUCGAGGCGGAGACCGGCCCGCUGAACACCAGCGGCGGCGCGGAGUACCGGUCGGCCCGGGACCGCGUGGGCCACGGCACGCACACGGCGUCCACGGCCGUGGGCGCCGUGUCCCCCAACGCGAGCUACUUCGGUGGGCUGGGCCGCGGCGCGGCACGCGGGGGCGCCCCCAGGGCGCGGCUGGCGGUGUACAAGGUGUGCUGGUUCAAGGACCUGACGGGCCGGUGCAACGACGCCGACAUCCUGGCGGCGUUCAACGACGCGCUGCACGACGGCGUGCACGUCAUCUCGGCGUCCCUCGGGUCGCCGCCGCCGCUGUCGCCGCUGUUCGCGACGAGCACCGAGGUCGGGUCGUUCCACGCCAUGCAGCUCGGGGUGUCCACGGUGUUCUCGGCGGGCAACGACGGGCCCGACGCGGCCAUGGUGCAGAACGUGUCGCCGUGGGGUGUCACCGUCGCCGCCAGCACCAUCGACCGGAGGUUCCCGACGGUGAUCGCGCUCGGGAGCAAUGCCUCCUUCGUGGGAGAGGGCUUCAUUGUGAAGGACAUGAAAAUGCCUUUAGUAGAGAGCACUAGCGUCUUUGCCGAUGGGACGUGCUCCCUGGACCAGCUGGUGAACCGCACGGCGGCGUCUGGGAAGAUCGUCUUGUGCUUCUCCACGAUGGGGAUGGUGUCUGGCGAGGGCGCGGCGCUGGCGGUGUAUGCCGGCGGUGGCUCCGGCGUGAUCUUCGCGGACUCCAGCUCCCGGCGGUCCAACCAGGACAACUUCCUGCCCACCGUCCACGUCAACCUGCGCCAGGGCACCCAGAUCCUCAACUACAUCCAGAGCCGUUCAAGGCCACGGCCGACCGUGCACAUCUCGCCGAGCAGGACCGUCGUCGACAAGACGCCGGCGCCGGCCAUCGCCUACUUCUCCUCCAGAGGGCCCAGCUCCAUUUCUCCAAACAUUCUCAAGCCUGACGUCACCGCACCCGGGGUGAACAUCCUGGCGGCGUGGCCGCCCAAGUCGUCGCCGACGAUGCUCCCUCUGGACAAGCGCUCCACGGAGUGGAACUUCGACACGGGCACGUCCAUGUCGUGCCCCCACGUCACCGGCAUCGUCGCCAUCCUCAGGUCCGUGCACCCGACCUGGUCACCGGCCGCAGUCAAGUCCGCCCUCAUGACCACGGCGUACGUGCACGACGACACGUCGGACGCCAUGCUGGCCGGUGGCACGCAGAAGGCCGCGGACGCCUUCGACACCGGCGCGGGGCACGUGGACCCGCUGCGGGCGCUGGACCCGGGGCUGGUGUACGACGCGGACGCGCGCGACCACGUGCGCUUCCUCUGCGGCCUCGGCUACACGGAGGCCCAGGUGCGGCAGAUGGUGCUCUCCUCCCCGGCGCUCGACACCAGCUGCGCCGGCGGCGCCAUUGGCGACGCCGACCUCAACUACCCGGCCAUCGUGCUCCCCGAGCUGCGGGCUGCGGCGACCGUGAAGCGGACGGUGACGAACGUGGGCCUCCAGAGGGAAACCGUGUACCACGCUACCGUCAUCAGCCCGCAGGGCGCGCACGUCGAGGUGUGGCCGCCAGCGCUGGCGUUCUCCUCGCGCUGCGCCAGGGCCGAGUACUACGUCACCGUCACGCCGGCGAAGCUCUCGCGCGGCCGGUACGACUUCGGCGAGAUCGUGUGGUCCGACGGCUACCACCGCGUCCGCACGCCGCUGGUCGUCAGGGUCACCAACCUGCCGGACGCCGGCGUCGGCGCUCAGCCCACGAAUCAGCACCGUGAUACUACUGAGUACUGACCCACAAGCUACCUAGUUACGGUUAUCUACAACCUGGCGGUGCACGGCUUCCGGGCUUCAGAUCAGCGCUUCCUUAGUGUGGAUUUGUGCAAUGUUUUCGAUUUCACUCGUUGGGACAACACAGUAGGUGUCAUUCGGUCAUGUUAAAGGAGCAUACAUUGUGGGUGCGACAAAUUUCAAAGUGAUACCAAGCAGCACAUGCAGGCUCAACGUUUGAUGAUUCA